CUACAUAAAUGCCACCUUCAUUUAAAACUGGUGGUAUGGAAGGCGACUAAGAAAAUCACAAACCAUCAACAAUGGCUUCUAAGCAGCAACUGCAAGGGCUUGCAACAGAAGACAUCCAUGGCCUCCCUCCACUAAGCCCAGCAUCACAGUCCUUCAACAGCUCUAUCCUAUCCUUAACCUCUAUCUUGGUCUUAGAGCUUGAUAUCCCCUUCACCAAGUCUGAAAUGCUUGAUCAAAUCCAAGAAAUCAUGAUACCCAUCAACUCUCGUUUAUCCUCCAUUAUUGUUGCAGACAAGAAAGGGGUGCAACGAUGGAAGCACGUCGAUCCUACGAUCGAAAACCACGUCGUGAUCCCAACAUUCCCUGCGGGGCUAAGUGACUACGACAAGCCUUUCAGCAAGUAUCUGUCGGAGGUAGCCAUGGAAAAGCUUCCAGAAGGUAGGCCUCCAUGGGAAAUACAUAUUUUCAUGUACCCAACAAGUAAUGGUGCACAGACACUGAUCUUUAAGAUGAGCCAUGCACUUGGAGAUGGUUAUUCUAUCAUGAGUGCAAUGUUCUCAUGGUGUAAACGGGUGGAUGAUCCGUCUCUUCCCAUUAUCUUCCCUUCUUUAUCUGAGAAAUCGCCCGCCGGAGGAAGAUGUAGAUGGUACAGUGUGUCAAGGCUGUUAUCAAAAUGCCUUAACACUGUUUCUGAUUCUGUGGUUGGGUUGUUGCAAGGAACAAUCUUGGAAGAUAGUAAGACGGCCAUUAGGUCAGGGACACCGUGUGUGGAGCUCCAACCGGUUGAGUUCUCAUCCAUCACCUUCCCCCUCGAUCAUAUACGACGAAUUAAGUCCAAGGUUGGAGCAACAGUGAAUGAUGUGAUCAUUGGUUUAAUAUCCUACGCAAUCACACUAUACACAAAGAGGAUGACACAACAAAAUCCUUGUGGUGCACGUGUGACUGCAUUGGUCAUUUUGAACAUGAGAAUGCUGAGAGGAUAUAAGAGUAUUGAAGAUAUGUUGAAGGCUAAUGAUGUAUGGGGAAACCACUGUAGCUUCUUAAAUAUAUCAGUUCCAUCUUUCACUCAUUCAGAAAAUAUUUGUCCCCUCAAGUAUAUAGAACAAGCAAAGAAACAGAUUAGAAGGAAGAAAAACUCAGCAGCUAUUUAUGUCUCUGGUAAAAUAUUGAAUAUGUUAAAGUGUGUCUUGGGCCGUGAGGCUGGAACCAAGUUCAUCUAUUCUACUCUUAAGAACACCAGCAUUGGGCUUUCUAAUUUGAUUGGUCCAACACAGAAGAUCUCACUUUCAGACCAUCCCAUUAAUGGCAUGUACUUCAGUGUGGUUGGUGCUCCACAGAGUGUAUUUUUCACCAUUGUGAGUUACAUGGGCGAUGUAAGGCUAGUGAUGAGAACAGAAAAGGGAUUUAUUGACGCGGAUAUGCUCAUUUCUUGCAUGAAGGAUGCCUAUGAAAAUAUUGUUGAAGCAGUCUGUGGAAAAGAAACUAUUGGAUAAUCAUCAAUGGCUCAAAUCUUCUGGGUCUAAUCUGAGUGCAACAUGGAUUUACGAGAGUGAGAGAGUGCAUGUUAAAUGUUCUCAUUCAUCGGAUGUCCGUAGCUAGUGUCUCUCUAAUAGCUAUUUGAUGAGCAAUUCAUGUAUGGAUUAAUCAUCUUACAAGGUUAUUAGUAUAUUAAGAAUGUAAUGCGGUUAGAAUUCAGAAGUAGAGUGAAGGAGAGUCAAUUCUACCAAAAAAAAAAAAAGUGAAGGAGAGUUGACAGAAGCAGCUCAAAUAUCAACUAAAAAUUGUUUUGUGGUAGAAAAAUAUCAAUUAGUGUUAGCCAUAUGCAAUUUAUACUUUGUUGAAA